AGCACAACUUGAAACCAUGCCAUUGGCCAGAAGCAUAAAGAUAUAAAAUUACUAGUAAUUCAGAAGAAAUGCACUUAAUGGAAAACAAAUUAUCUGGAUCAGUAGAAGGUCAUUUUGAGCCAUCUUAUGAGUGGCAACACCAACAAGGACUUGAUCUUCUCUUGGUCCAUCUCCCAGAAUUCAAAGAUAAAGAAGGAUUGAGGGUACAAGUUAGCAAUUGUGGUGUUCUAAAGAUUUCAGGAGAUCGUCAAGUAAACCAAACAAGAUUAAGUUUUCUCAAAGAGAUUCAACUACAGAAGGAUCAUGACAUAGAUGAGAUAAAGGCCAAAUUUGAGAAGGGUGUUCUCAAAAUUACACUACCAAAGAAUGUUACAGGUGUGAAUACUAAUGCAAGCUUUAAUGAAGAAUAUGAACUCGCAACGACAUCAAAUAAAUCAAGAUUCAGGAAGUUCAAGAAGGUGGCCAUGAGUGUUGCAGCUAUCCUAGUUGUAGUUUCUGCUUUCUCUGGAUUCGCUUACUACAUUUAUAGGUCUACAAUUGUUAAAGACUAAUAUAAUUAAAAUUACUUCUAUUUAUAUAACAUUAAUAAGAAUAUUACAAUUAAGAGUAAUAUGUACAACUUUGAUUGUUAAAAGAUUUCUUUCAUCUGUUUUUCAACUCAACUCUGCAUUUUCUAUUACAUUACGGAGAAGUCCAUAGAAAAUUGGAAGACAAUGAGGAGAAGGGGGAAGACAUAAUAACACAACACCGAUGAUAUAUCAGUAGUUACAAAAGAGAGAAGCCACUAUUCAUUACUGUAAUGUAAUUUUAACAAGAGAAAAAGACUUCAAAUUUGGGUUACCAAGAGAAAAAAUGUAGUGUACAUCAAACUUGAUCAAGAAAAUGAAUGUAGUACAGAUCAAAAUCAUCUUGUUAUUAUGAGAGCACAGGACUGAUAUUAUGACUACGCCAAGAGGUAAGAAGAAUAGCAUUGGACUUGGACGUAGGACAAUCAUGUAUUACUUCUGCAGAAAAUGCAUUUUUGAUUCAAAGCAGUAACACUGGAGAUUGAAUAAAACAUGGGAACCUCAGAGUUCUAAUCUGCUUCCACGGUAUCUGCAGUAGUUUUGUGAUCAAAGGGCCAACCAAGCCUAA